GAAAAAACAACAAUACAUUAAUCUACAGACACACAUAUCUGCCAAAGUUUAACCACAAAGUAAAAAACACUGUGUGCCUGAAAAUCAUCGCAUUAGAUACCUAACAAUGUAAUAACCGAUGGAGAAUAUUUUAGAUUUAGUUUAAAAAGUUUAAACCUAGGUGUUACUAAAUUUUCACGGUUUAAUCAAUUGUGCUCGGAAGGACCUAAAAAGAACCUCUACUGAUCUUAGUCUGAGGGUCCUUGUCCUGGGAAUAAUCCUCAAAGUGAGACCUCUUCCUUUUCCGACCCUCUCUGAUUGAAAUCGUUCCACUACGUCAGGUCGUCCGGUCCGCUCCGAGAAGAUGUCUGCGACGGGUUCAGGCGGACCAGGACCCGGACCAGGACCCGCCACGGGCUCCGGGUCCGCCUCCAACCCCCGAAAGUUCAGCGAGAAGAUCGCCCUGCACACCCAGCGCCAGGCCGAGGAGACGGCCGCCUUCCAGGAGGUUAUGAUGGACAUCACUUCGACCAGGAACCUGUGGUCGUCCCAGCAGCUGCAGGCCCAGAAGUUACGCCUGGCCCGGAACCAGGGGCCGUACUAUGGCGGCUCCUUACCCAACGUCAACCAGAUCGGCCGCAACCCGCAGGACUUCCAGAGCUCGUUCCAGUCCGGCCUGGAGUCCACCCGCUCCACCCGCCACCACGGCUUGGUGGAGCGGGUCCAGAGGGACCGCCGCUUCGUCUCGCCGGUCCGACCGUAUCGGAACCGCCAAGUGGAGAACUCUCUGUACAGCGCCGCCUACCUGUCCCCGCCCCCCGACAGCAGCUGGAGAAGGAACUGGUCUGGAAACUUCCCUGGAGAUAAAAGCCAGUUGUUCCGUCUCCCCACCACAGCGCUCAACAGGACCAACUCUGACUCCGCCCACACCAGCGUCAUGAACCCCCUCAUGGGAGACUUCAGCAUGGCGGGAUCCACCCUGACUCCCCAGGGAGCCAGACGAAACGGGCCGAGCGACGCAGAGAACCGAAGAAUGUUCCCGUAUCCGGUUCCUCCCAUUGAGGAAAACGUUUUGGACGAAGACAAACUGCUCAAAGCCUGGGAUGCCAAGAAGCUGUCUCUGCCGUCGUCUCGACCAAAGUCCUGCGAGGUUCCAGGCAUCAACAUCUUCACGUCCCCGGAGCAACCGUCCACGCCGGUCCAAGGCGUCCCUCAGGUCUCCAACACCGGCGGCUCGCUGCCCGAUCUGUCCAGCCUCCACUUCCCGUCGCCGCUGCCCACGCCGCUGGACCAGGACGAGCCCGGUUACCCAGCAUCCUCGGCUCUGAGCGGCGGCAGCAGCACCGGAAACCUGGCCUCCACCCUCACCCAGCUGGGUAUCAACGCCGCCGGAGGAAACGGCAGCUACCACCAGCCAGCGCCAGGUCUCCUGGCGUCUCUACAGAGCGCGCUCAGUCACCCCAACCUGCAGUCGUCGUUAAGCAACCCCAACAUCCAGUCGUCCCUCAGCAGCCACUCCUUCUCCAGCUCUCUAAGCUCCGCCUCCCUCCACUCGUCGCUAAGCAACCCGUCUCUGCAGUCGUCGCUCAGCUCCUCCCCCUCCCUGCCGUCCUCCCUCAGCAGCCAAUCGCUGCACUCGUCCCUCAGUAACUCCUCCCUCCAGUCCGGCGGGUACAGUGGCGGCGGAGGGGGCGUGGCCGGAUCUGGCUCCUCCCCCUACUCGGUGAUGUUGGCGGGGCAGGGCCAGGCGUUGCUCAGCACGUCGCCACGGAGACGGGGCCCUCUGUCGCCGCUCAUCCUGCCGAUGGCGGGGGAGACCCGGAGGAUCCACCCCAAACAGUUCUCCCCCACCAUGUCCCCCACCCUGUCCUCCAUCUCCCAGGGCGUCCCGUUGGACACCAGCCGCCUCCCUCCGUACCCGCUCACCCAGCCGGGCCAGCAGAACCCGUCUGUGGGUCAGAACCACCAGAUGCUCCGCCUCCAGCAGCCCAGAACCAAUCAGCAGCAGCUGCACCUGCAGAACCUCCGGAACCAGCACCUGCAGCAGUUUGGACCGUUGCAGAGGCCCGUGGGACCGCAGCAGAACCCGCCCGUCAAGUCGGAGAGCGCUUUGGACCCGUGCAGCCAGACGUCCUCCCAGUACCGGUCCAAACCGGACCAGAACCAGCAGGCGGAGCAGCAGCACAUCAACCUGAACACAGACUUCUACAACGACGCACUGUUCAGUUCGCUGCUGGACGAUCCGUACCUCAGCCUGCAGCUGUCCGGAAAAUCACACCAGCAGUUCCCGGCUGAGUGUCCGGUUGAUGGCCUGAACCACAGCGGACCGGGUCAGAACCAUUUCCCGUCCAACAACCAGGGGGCGCUAGAGCUGCAAGAGCCCGGCGACCCACAGCGGCUCAACCACCAGAACCAGAACUACAACGGCGGAGACGGUCACCAGAACGUCCCCAACAUCAUCCUCACAGGAGACUCUCCCCCCGGUCUGUCCAAGGAGAUCACCAGCGCUCUGUCCCACGUCCCCGGCUUCGAGAUGGACGCCUUCUCCCUGGACGAGCCGCUGCGCAUCGACCCGCUGGCGUUGGACCUGCUGGAGGGCGAGCUGAUGCUGGCCGACCCGGCCGUGGAGGACUCCUUCCGCUCCGACCGCCUCAAAUAACCGGACCGGACCGGGUCCAGACACCUGUCCCUCCACAUGGAGUGCUUAGACUGAAAACCUGAGGUUAGAGGUCACGAUACUUAUUUUCCCUGGAAACUGGUUCUGGUUCUGGUCCAUUUGGACCCAAGAUGCAGGAGAGGAAAUGUAAAAAAAAACUAAACCAGCAGCGCUGGGAGGAACUUUGUUACAUGGAAGCAGAACUAGUACCAGAACCGGUACCACUUUGGGUCAAUGAAUCGCUCGGAACCACUUCGGACCCGAUCCGGUCUGCUUGCAGAACUUUUCCUGCUUUAUUAUUCCAGAGGAGAUCCUGAACCGGACUGGUGAGACCAGGAAGCAGAACCGGAACCAGCUGGUCUGCAUGUCUGUGGUUCUGGACCCACUGACCCAGAACUCCGGUUCAUUUUGUGUCAAACAUCAUCUCAGAGUUCAGAUUUUCUGAAGUGGAGCCUGAAUGCAGCACAGUUCCUCUGAGGCGCCAAAGUCCAAAGAAAAGCCCGAUCCACCAGGACAGGAAGACCGAAUCAGAACCGGUUCGCUCAAGAGGAUCCGGUUCUGAAAAAUAUCAGCGCAUUUCAUGUGAUCAGAACCUCUGUGGUCCUCCAGAACCCAGCAGGUCCGAAGCUGCACUACCUGGGAGAACAGACACCUCCAGAACCGGACCUGGUCGAAACCGGACCGGGUCUCUGCUGCCUCCAGCGGCUCCUCCUCUCUGAUCCGGGUCCAGAAAAGCCCUGAAAUGAUUUUUACAGAAAGAUGAAAAAUAGAUUUUUGCACUUUGAAGAAAAAAAGUAAAAAUAUUUAACAUUUUUAUAUUUUUAUUUCUGCCCAAAGUCUUUAAGCAAGACGUCUCCUGAUUGGUGGGACGAACCCUUUAGCCCCGCCCGCUCACUGUGAUGGACAGCGCUUAGCCACGCCCCCUGCCUGCUGCUGCGUCCAAUUUUCAGCCAUAUUUUUUCUGUAUCGUGUAAAUAAGUUUGUAUUUUAUUAAGAUUUGAAAUGUGUACAAAGAUUCUAAUAUGAGAGUCGAAUAAACUUCUUCUGUCCGAGAAUCUGACUCGGCCCGGUCCGAUCCGUGGUUCUGCUGUUCCACCACAAAAUCAUGAAACAUCAGAUUUUCCCUGUCAUAUUCCAGAAACACGGCCGCAAGGUUCUGCUUCGAGGGUCCAGGCCAGCCGGGUCCAGAUUAAUUUGGAUUUUCUACUGAUUAAUCAGAACCGUUCAGCUGCGAACAGGAAGUCGGUCCAGCGGGUUCCUGUUCAUGGAACACAGCUGGAAGGUUCUGGAGGCAGAACGGAUCAGUGACCGGUUCCGACUGACUGUCCGGCAUGUGGAAAGCAUCCGGUUCAGACUGCAGCGCUGCCCCCUGCAGGUCAGAGCGGGCUGCUGCAGGUCGGUUCCGUUAAAAUUCGGUUGUUGAUCAGAACGAAGUGAAACCAGAACCUGCAGUUACUGUUGAGAAUUUUAACACUCAAAAGCAGCGUGUCAGGGAGCCGAACCGGAACCCGUCCCGCAGAAUGUCGGCCCUCCAGGGCCCACUUUGGGCCCCCGGCUCUGGAACUUAAUGUAGAAACCGAACAGUUAGCUCUGCGCUAGCUAAUACACAAAUGAGCGGAAGUGGACUAUCAAAUUAAAAGCUGGGCCGUCAGGACCUGCCGAGGAUCCGUUUGACUUUAAAACGGCUCAUGUUUUUGUUUAAAACGUUCAUUUAAUAGUUUAAUUAAAGUUUCAAUCUAAACGUUUAGCUUCAAAACUACAUAUUUUAUAAAUAUUUAAUUUGGAUUCAGAUGUUCAUCUUGAUAACUAAAUAUUUAGUAUGAAGGAAAAUUUUUAGCGAGCUUGCUAAAUAAAUAAAGUUUGAAACUAACUGUGUAACAUGGUAAAAAUAUAUAAAUCCCAUUUUCUCUUAUUGUUGAGUUAGAAUAACUCGGAACGUUCUGAACGCGUCGGAGGAUUCGGUCUUUUUUCCGCUCACUCGGCAGACUUCUGGUCAGAAUCGGAACCGGACCUGAAAAUGAUCCACUUGUUAACAGGACUCGAUUCUUUAAUGAUCGAACAAACUGGAUGUGGACAGAACCACGAACAAAACGGUUCUAUGAACCUGAUGUGUGUUUGAGACUGAGGCCAUAUUUCAUAAUGUUUCUACUGAUGUUUAUGAAUUUCUCACAUCCUUUGUGCUGUUUAUAGUUUUAGAGGAAAAGCUGAUUAUGUUUGUAUUCAAGUGUUUUUAUUGGAGUUUAUUGAUAAUAUUAAUAACCAGGGAAAUAGUAAAUGUUUUAACCCGGAAGUGCUUCUGACGUCAGCAGAAGCCGUUUCUGAAGGCGGAUUGUCAUGACUCAAUUUUACAGAAAAUAAAGCAACCUGCGGAA